GAGACGCUGCGUGACGCCACCUGGGACUGCGGUAUCGGAAGUGCUCUCUUGUCCAGCAUCUCCUUCCCCGUGCGCGGUUAGACGGCAGCGGCUCUUCCUCGGUGAAGCGGCGGCACAGCGGUAUCGGGCCGGAUCGCGGAGAGGAUGACAGAACAAGAAGUUAACCCAAAGGCCUACCCCCUUGCAGAUGCUCAGCUGACAAAGACGAUACUGGAUCUCGUUCAACAAGCUGGCAGCUACAAGCAGCUUCGGAAGGGAGCCAAUGAAGCCACCAAGACUCUGAACAGAGGGAUUGCAGAGUUCAUAGUGAUGGCAGCAGAUGCGGAGCCCCUGGAGAUCAUCCUUCACCUCCCUCUCCUGUGCGAAGACAAGAACGUGCCAUACGUCUUUGUGCGGUCAAAGCAGGCUCUGGGGCGGGCGUGCGGAGUGUGCAGACCGGUCAUUGCAUCGUCCGUGACCAUAAAGGAGGGCUCGCAGCUGAAGCCUCAGAUCCAGUCUGUGCAGCAAGCCGUUGAACGCCUCUUGGUUUGAGUUCCUGCGACAAUGUGGGGGAUUCCAGGCUGGGCUGGCAGUGGUGUCGAUGUUGGACACUCAUCUGUCAUAGAAUGUAGUGCUAGCAUUAGUUGUGUGCAUUUGUUAUUUUCAUUUUUUUCUUAAAUAAAAUGCUUGACCUGAA